GUUUUUAUCACUCUCCUAAAAAGAGAAUAUCGCGCAAUUUUCCGAUUUUCUUCAAAUGAAAGAAAUAUUGAUAAAUGAAGCCCUUUUAAGAAAACUUGACAAACAAUGUUCCUAAAAUAACGAGUCAGUCAUUAAAUGUUUAUCAGACAGGGCAUUAAAAGUGCCUGUCAAAUUGCUGAACGCAGAUUUGAGACCAGUUUGUCUGUUUUUACUAGGCGUUUUGUUAGUUUUAGUUUUCAAAGGUUGCACGUAAAUAUGUCCUCAUUGAAAUAUGAAAUAUCACUUGUCUGUCCAGAAGGUAAACAUGAUCCAAUUAAAAUCCCGCACAGAGAACUUCUGUUCAUAGGGAGAUCUCCAGAAACACGUAUUGUUGAUCCAAGAUGCUCGAGAAAACAAGUGCAGCUGACAGCUGAUUUGACAACAGGAGAGGUCCAAGCUGUACAACUAGGUCAGAAUAGUUCUGCCAUUGAUGGCAUUGAAAUGAUAAAAGAUAAAGUAUACAUCAUGACACCAACUUCUACUUUGCAUGUCCUUACUGGAUGUUUUCCACAAAAACUUGAUAUAAAUAAGUUAAAGGAUUCUGAUGAUAAGAAACCUAGACACAAAUCAGACUCAGAUGUAGCAACUGCAAACCAUGAAAAAAACAAACACAGAUCAUCUAGUUCUGGUUCAACUCCUAAAACAACUAGCAGUUCAUCAUCAUUAAAGUCAUCAUCCUCAUCAUCAGGUUAUGAAUCAUCAAAGUCAUCCGGUUCAGGUUCGUCAACAAAAUCAAGCAAGAAAAGACCAUCUACGGAAGAUAGUAACCACCCUGUUUCUAAGAAACAAAAAUUGAAUAAUGAUAGUGGUUCUGGCAAGAAAAGUUCUUCAAAGGAAAUUGAAGAAAAAGAUGACGAUAGAUCAUCAUCAUCAAAGUCGAGCAAGAAAAGAGAGUCUACUGAAGAAAAUAACCACCCUGUUUCUAAGAAACAAAAAUUAAACAAUGAUUCCAGUAAGAAAAGUUCGUCAAAAGAAAUUCACGACAAAGAUGAUGAUGGCAAACAUAUGAACGAUGUGAAAGCCAAGUUGGAGCUCCUGAAAUCUAAUGCUAAAAAUAUAAAAACUCCAACAAAAUCCUCAAGUUCCUCUUCAAAUGGUGAAACAUUUAAAGUGCCAGAAAGUCCAUCUAAACUACUUCCAUCUAACAUAAAAGCUGUGCCUGUCUACAAGGGGCCUGCCCCAGAAUCGCGAUGGGAUCAGUACGAUACUCUCCAUGUUUUUACAGCUAAAGGACUUGAAUAUAGGAAAAAGGUAGCAGCAUUUGAUAUAGACGGUACAAUUAUAACAACACAAUCUGGUAAGGUGUUUCCAACACAUCCAGGGGAUUGGAGGCUGCUUUACUACAAGGAGAUUCCCAAGAAGUUGAAGAAAUUACACGAGGAUGGUUAUAAAGUUGUCUUCAUCACAAAUCAGAUGGGUGUGUCAAAGGGUAAAACAAAUAUGGCAGAUUUGAAAUCUAAGUUUUCAGAUGUAUUGGAUGAGAUUGGAAUUCCAGUUCAGAUUUUGGUGUCAACAAAAGGUGGUUUAUAUAGAAAACCUUGCCCUGGCAUGUGGGACUUUCUUACAGAUAAGUUAAAUGGUGGAGUAGAAGUGGAAGUGUCCCAGAGCUUCUAUGUUGGAGAUGCUGCUGGCAGACCUAAAGACUGGGCUCCUAAAAAGAAAAAAGAUUUCUCUUGUAGUGACAGACUGUUUGCAUUGAAUAUUGAUUUAGAAUUCAAGACACCUGAGGAGUAUUUUGUUGGUUACCCUGCAGCUAAAUACAGUAUGCCAGAGUUUGAUCCUAGAAAGUUAAGUCCUAAAACACAACUAUUAGAUCCAGCAGAUGCUAGGCUGACUUCAGGCAGUCAGGAGGUUAUAUUGCUCGCAGGGUUUCCUGCAUCUGGGAAAUCUUUCUUUGCCAAGAAGUAUCUUGAACCUAAAGGCUAUGUUGUUGUAAACAGGGACACCUUAAAAACUUGGCAGAAAUGUUUAGCUCUAUGUAAAGAUAGUUUGAAGAAAGGUUCAAGUGUGGUAGUUGAUAACACCAAUGCUGACGUGGAAUCUAGGGCAAGGUAUUUACAAGCUGCAGCAACAAGUGGGGUACCAUGUAGAUGUUUUAUUUUCACCACCACUUUUGAACAUGCGAAACACAAUGAACGGUUUCGGGAGAUAAUUGACAAGUCACAUGCUGCUAUUAAUGAUAUGAUAAUGAAUACAUUUAGGAAGAAGUAUGUCAUACCAGAAAAGAAGGAAGGAUUUUCAGAAGUUGUUAAAGUGAACUUUGUCCCCAAAUUUAAAGACUCUAAGUUGGAGAGACUUUAUAGAUGCUUUCUAUUGGAAAAAUAAUAUAUAUGCUUAAGCAAAAUGCACUGGAAAAUGAAAUAGUAAUGUUACUUUAUGAUGAAGAAGAAAUAUAAACUGUUACUUCAUGAUGACUAAGAAAUAUUAACAGCUACUUCAUGAUGAGGAAGAAAUAUAAACUGUUACCUCGCGAUGAAAGAGGAAAUACCAAUUGUGACUUAAUGAUGAAGAAUAAAUAUAAACUGUUACUUCAUGAUAAAGAAGAAAUAUCAACUGUCACUUCAUAAUAAAGAAGAAAUAUCAACUGUUACUUUAUGAUAGAGAAAUAUAAUCUGUUAUUUCAUAAUGAAAAAGGAGAUAUUAACUGUUACUUCAUGAUUAAAGAAGAAAUAUCAACUGUUACUCCGUGAUAGAAGAGAUGGUUGAAUACAUUAUUGUGUGUCAAUCUGCUUGUUAUGUCCAUGGGUUGCUGUUACAGUAAACUUUCAUUAUGUCGGGCAUUGUAGCUUGUAGUGUAUUGACUAAAAACUAACAGAAGAAUGUGGUUCAAUUGUUAAAUUUAACACUGCUCACUUCGGGCUUUUAAAUUUUCUUGUAAUUUAAGUCCUACCUGUGUUCAUUGAAUGCCACCUUUCCUUGUUGAUCUUGUUUGUCGUAUUUUACCAGUAUUAAGUUUGGUUAGCUUUUACUAUGGUAAACUGCCUAGUGUCUAAAGUCCAUAUAGAAAGUAAUAUAUGUGUACAGUUUCGAGUGGUUAAGGUCAUUGACUUCAAACCACUUGCCCCUCACUGCUGUGGGUUCGAAUCCCGACAGGGACUUUAGAUUCUUUCAUGUGAGGAAGCUAUCCAGCUAGCUCAUGGACGUCGGUGGUUCUACUCAGAUGCCCGUUCGUGCCUGAAACAAUGCACGGAAGGGCACCUGAGGUCUUCCUCCACCAGUAAAGCUGGAACGUCGCGACCUAUACUGUGUCAAUGUGACGUAAAACACCCCCCCAAAAAAAAGUUCAAAGCAGGUGAAACUCAUUAUACAAGAUUAGGGGUGUAAGGAUUAAAGUUGUACUAUGUUAAUGUUAAGUACAUGUUACCUUUAUUUUGUUUUCUUUAUUUGGUUCUGAAUGCUAUAAACUUAAGAAUUUGAAAUUAUAUGCAUGUGAACAUUUAUUGAUUGUUUUUCUGAUGAUUUCUUUUAGAAUUUUCUGAAGGUAUUAAAAACGUAACCAGUGUUCAUUUAAAUAAUAAAUACCAUUGUUAGAAUUAUUGUAUGAUAUACAGAAAAAAACAGAACAUGAAAAAAAUUAGAAAAUAAGAAAGAAAAUGAAAUUUCGAAAAACAGAAUUGAACUUUGAUGUUUGGAAGUACAUGUAUGCAAGAAAAAAGUAUAAGAAAAUAAAAAUUUGGUAAAUGUUAAACAAGAAACAAAUAUGGUGUAUGGUAAUAAAAAGUAAUAAAGGAAAUGAAUAUAAUAUAAGAAAGAAAGAAGCAUAUUAAAGGAUGGGAAAAAAAUGACAAUGGAAAAGAGAUAAUAAAGGAAGAGUUGUGUAUAAGUAUCAUCCAAAUAAGAUUUUGUUUAUGUUAUAAAUGAAUUUUACUUUUAAGUUGAUUGUAAGUGUUCUUCAGUUGUUGAAUUAUAUGUAUAAAAAUUCAUCAUUACAAAAUAUAUAUUCACGGUUCUGUUAUCAUUUAUUGACCUACCAUAUGACUGUAUUGGUUGAAGGAUUUUUAAAUCUGAAAAUAAAAACUAUGAAAAAUG